AAUUCCGGUAAAUUAUUAUCUAAUAUAACAUAAUCAGCCAUACAAAAUGAAGCCAUCUCACCUCUGGAGCUUGUUCUUCUGCUUCGCGUUCAACUUGGUAAAGUCUCAAGGAUAUCGACUUCCGGAAACUCUGAUUCCUUUCCGAUAUGAAGUCGAUCUGGUGAUCCCUGAAGCGGCUUUUAGCGCCCAAAGCGCCAACUUUACAGGUAGUGUUUCCAUACAGUUCACAGCAAACACUACCACAUCGGAAAUAAAUUUGCAUCAUAGAGUGUACGCCACAAGUAUUCUUCUAAAUGAUAGCGCUGGAGGGAGCAUCUCGGCCGCUAAUAAUACGUAUAAUGAAACAACAGAAAUCUUGACCAUUUACUUAGUUGAAGCCUUGGUUGUUGCAUCGACCUACACUUUGCAGAUUGAGUAAGACUUUCAUUUAGUACUAGGAUU